AUGUCUGUCAAUCUCGGACUGCCUCCUCUGCUCCACAUUUAUCUGGACGACUCUGUCGGACCCUGCCGACAACUGCCAUCCAUGUCUCUCUUCUCCUUGACCUCUCCGCUCCCUCGUCCUCACCGCUGCCAGGGGUCGGGUCAGACAUCUGGAUGUGGUAACGAUGCUGGGCAAGAUCAGUCCACCUCUGGGUUUCGGCAGCAUGUGUCCGCAUACCCGUGCCUGCCAUUGCAACCACAGCCGGCAGAGGUGCGCUCAGAAGAGCACAGGAAAUUAGUCCAAAUGAACAUGCCCCUCCAAAGCGACGGAACCGUCUUCUUCAACGCAACUCUCUUCGCUCUGGUCCGUCGAAACCUGCGCAUUAAAGUACCUGAAGGUAGGUUCCUCAUGCCCUUCUCCCUUUCCGAUCCUACGAACUUACCAACUUGA